AUGCGAUUAAAUAUUAUUGCUUUAGUCGUUGUGGAAAAAUUUUUGCAGGUUUGUUGUCAAUGUGCGGAUGAGCUUCAAGGUUGUGCAGUGAUAACUGAGGAAUAUGAGAGUGAAAUCCAAAACAUUAAAGCAGCUGCAUUCGCUGAAUGCUUUGCGAAUCCUACAUGCAAUUAUGAAAAACAACUAUUCCAAGAAUGCUUCAUUCGCUCAGUUCGUGCUAUACGCGCUCCUUUCAAUAAUGAAGAUUCUGGAUCUGAUAGUUUUGGUGACAGUGCACAACGAUAUCGUGGAGCAGUGGACCAAUGUUUUAUAAAAAGUAAUGUGAAACGAUCUGGCCAUUUCGAUGCUUCUGCAAUAUUUUUGGAUGGUUAG